AUGACUAUACAGAACAAAUUUGUUAUUGUACCAAGACUCUUGUUUGCUUUAGGACUGGUUGUCUUUUGUUUAUCAACCACAAGAUAUAUUACCGAGCCUCAAGACAAUACUCGAUGUCAUAGCAUGCUAAAUAAAGGCAAAUGGCUAACAGAAGAAUACAAGCAAUGGCAACCUGCUGGCUGUAUGUCAAAGACCUAUAGAAAGAAAGACAUUGGAAGUUGCUUGGGUAGUUCUCGCAUCAUUUAUAUUGGUGAUUCUAUUAUGAGAGAACAAUACUAUGCUAUGACACAAUUUCUAAGACCUGGAAGACCUUCUGAAGAUGCUAUUCAUGCAGAUCAGAAAGUGUAUUAUAAAACCUACAACAUCACAAUCGAAAUGUGGUGGGAUCCUUACCUGAAUACUUCUAAAACAAUAGACUUAUUAGAAGCAAAAAGACCUAAAGGUCAAGAACCACCUAGUAUACUUAUUAUUGGUUCUGGCAUAUGGUACAUGAGAAAACUUGGUCAUGACUAUCUUACUGGUUGGAAGCAAGCGGUGGAUAGAGUGUUUGAUGGUGCACUUCAUCAUCACAUUGCUGAUCGAGUGAUGCUAUCGCCAGUAGAAAUAGUUGAAUACGACCUCAUGACCCCAGAACGCAAAGCAACACUUACGUUUGACAAGAUAAACAUUAUGAACAACUACCUUAAAGAACGCAAAGCUGCCUUUGGUCAAUCUGUCACACCCCUUGUCGUACCAUUUGUUUGGAACGAGAUUGUAAUGUCCUCCAAGAAUCAAACAGCUGAUGGCCUUCAUUUUAAAGAGCCUGUUACUCAAGCUGAAGCACAAUUGGUGUUAAAUUAUCGCUGCAAUGAUUUCAUUUCUGACAAAAAAAAUAGCCAUUAUCCAACAGACACGACUUGUUGCUACUCCUAUCCUAGACCAACAUGGUACCAAAGCACAAUCUUCUGUUUCUUUUUGAUUUUCAUACCUCUUUGUACUUUUCUUGCUUGUUCAUCAUCAUCAUUAUUUGGAUUCUCAUUAGCCUGGUUAAAUUGCAUCUCCAUAGACCAUUCUGAAAUCUUGAGUGCUUUCUUUGUCUUUGGCUUGGCUGUUACUUACAUGUACCUUGGAGAUCGAACACAGUUGUUUGGCAAAAUCUUUAAGCAAUUUGAUAUAGCUACAUUCAGUGUUCUCAUGGCUACAAUGGCUACUCUUGGCUUGGUUACACUAAAAACUCAAACUGAAGGCGAUGCUGGUUUCCUGAAUCGAAAUCAAACAGAAGAAUGGAAGGGUUGGAUGCAACUCGUUAUCCUUAUUUACCAUUUUACUGGUGCGUCUCAUAUAGCAGGCAUUUACAACCCUGUGCGUGUACUGGUAGCAGCCUAUUUGUUCCAAACUGGUUAUGGUCACUUUUAUUUUUUCUAUACGAAAAAGGACUUUAGUAUCGGUCGUAUAUUGAAUGUGAUGGUUCGCUUAAACUUACUGAGUUGUGUUUUGGCUUAUCUGAUGAAGACUGAUUAUCUGUUUUACUACUUUUCACCAUUGGUCAGUUUUUGGUUUGGUGUUAUCUGGCUCACGAUGCGAAUUAUGUCAGCAUAUAAUCACAAGACUUGGUUUAUUUUGUCAAAGAUAGUUUUCAUGUCUCUAUUGACAGCCUUUAUUAUUCACUACCCUGGUGUUCUAGAAGCUGUGUUUCAGGGACUAGAAUGGCUCUUCAAGAUCCAAUGGAAUGUGACUGAAUGGCGUUUCAGACUCUCACUCGAUUGCUGGAUUGUUUAUGUCGGAAUGCUUGUCGCUUUUUCUACCAUUCAACUUUUAGAACACGACCUACAUGCCCGUAUCUGGUCUAGAUGUAAGAUGGGUGCGCUUGUGGCUUCUUUCCUUGGUUUGUUUGGAUUCUUUUGGUUCGAAUUGCUUCAGUCCAAAAUCACUUACACAACAUACCACCCCUAUAUCUCUUGGAUUCCUAUUGUUUCAUUCAUUGUCCUUCGUAACUUUACUCGGUCGAUGAGAAACACGCAUUCUCGCUUCUUUGCGUUCAUUGGCAACAUCUCGCUUGAGACAUUUAUUGGCCAGUUCCACAUGUGGCUCGCAGCCGAUACACGGGGACUUUUAGUGGUGUUGCCUCAAGCAAGCUGGGUUACCAAGUCAAGUAUGGGCUGGUGGCUGAAUUUAGUAGUGUCUAGUCUUGUCUUCUUCUUUGUUUGUUAUUAUUUAAGUCAAGCUACUGGUGCCAUUACACAAUGGAUUUGCUCUGGUGCACAAACCAAAACUACUAAAAUGACUACUACUGUAGACGCUGUUCCUCUCUUACCCACUGUUCAAGAAGAACAUGGUUCAAUAAGCUCAUCUUCUUCAAGCCAUCAUAGUUUUAUAGAAAGACAUGAUGCACCUAACAAGUUUGAAGAAGAUGGACGUAUAAGUGAAGAUUCUAUUCUUGAAUUGGUUGAAGAAACUUUAGAUCAAACAUGGUACAAAACCUUGUAUCAGAACUAUUGGAUCAAAUCAUUCUUUUUCUUGGUUACACUAGGUAUUGUUAAUCGAUUUUGUUCUUGA